UGUCGUACGAAACAACGGCGCCACCACACGAGUAAACCGAAAGUGAAGGAGACGUGGAUACAAUCUAAUACCUGAGGCCUCAGACGGCUUAUUCUGUUAGUGAAGAAAACGUCGAGGAAUAAUUCCCAAAAAAAAUGGAGAUCGAAAUUGUUGGGGCGCGAAACUCACACCCCAUAACAACCAUCAGAGUGACGGAGAGCACGACAAUUGGGGAAAUAAAAAAGGAAUUGAAUAAACAGAAGAAAGCACCGUACGUAGAACGUCAGAGCCUUCGGGCGGAGUCAAAGGGCAAGUCAUUAUCAGACGCGGAGACAGUCAAGUCAUUGGGGCUCAAGAAUUCCUCAAAACUUUAUUACAAAGAUCUUGGCCCUCAGAUUGGAUGGAAAACAGUCUUUUUGGCUGAAUAUGCUGGUCCUCUGGUUGUUUAUCUGUGGGUUUACACGAGACCCUGGAUGUUCUAUGGGGAAGCGAGUGAUAAAGCUGGACCUGUCGUUCAUUACGCCGCAGUCUGUUGGAGCAUCCAUUAUUUAAAAAGAAUUCUGGAGACACUGUUUGUCCAUCGUUUCAGUCACACAACAAUGCCACUUCGAAAUUUAUUCAAAAAUUGCUCCUACUACUGGCUGUUCACGAUGUACGUCGCAUAUCAUGUAAAUCACCCACUGUACACAUCACCCAGUGGUGCUGCCUCGGCGAUUGGUCUUGUAAUAUUCAUAAUUUGCGAAUUGGGUAAUCUGGCUAUACACUUGGCCCUAAGAGAUCUCAGGCCACCAGGCACAACAGUCAGAAAGAUUCCCCAGGCAUCUGGUAAUCCACUGACAGCUCUCUUCAACUCGGUUUCAUGUCCCAAUUAUACUUACGAAGUUGGAAGUUGGAUUGGAUUCACGAUAAUGACGAAAUGUCUUCCAGCUGCACUGUUUACAUUGGCUGGUGCUUACCAAAUGAGCAUUUGGGCGUUGGGAAAACAUCGAGCGUACAAGAGAGAAUUCCCAAAUUAUCCCAAGAAUCGAAAAGCCAUCGUUCCUGGUUUACUUUAAGUCAGUGAUGUCUGUAUCACUUAAGGUUGUGGUCGUGUAAAUUAUUCACUGGACAGUUUUUGUUUUGAUUUUUAUGAUGAAUAGUUGAGAAAAGUAACUGCAAAACGAUCACUUUUUGGUUGAGAUUGUCGGUUUUGAAUUUGAGAUGAAAAUUUUCGAAAUUCUAAAAAGGUUUCAGGUAUUUAAAUGGAGAUGUUCCGAAUGUUUUUAAUCGUUUUUUUAGAUAAUUUUUCAUUUAAAAAUUGUUUGGGGUAGAAACCGCGUCGGUGGAUACAGCAGAAUGAAAUUAAAUCGAUUGACUGAUUUGAUUUUGAGGAAUAAUUAGAGGGAGUUAAUGAAUUGACAUAAUUGAAUUCAACUAGAUUGUUUUACGGUACAUAAACUUUUUACAGAGACUGUCAAAUGAUGACAACCUUAAUAUUAAGGCAUUUAUUUCAAUUCCUUUAGAGUAGCACUACAAUAAAUGUACAAUAAAUGAAAAAAAAUUUUUUUUUUCAUUAUUUACCACAAAAUUUAUAAGUUCAUAUAACUGCAUUAAAAAAACAAAAAAUUGAUAGAAAGUGUAAGAGAUUCUCGAAAAUGCAAUUGCUUUCAAAAUCA